GAUAACAAACCGCCCAGCAUCCGCGCGCACGUUGACGUUGAGGAAAACGCAUUGUAAUAACCAGUAGAAAGUGAUUUUGUAUUUAGUUUUUACGUUUCUGUAACAAUAACGUUGCUGGCCCUCUGCUCCAGGACAAUACGCGUAACUGUUCAGAUUUAACGAGUUUGUAUCGCUCUGAAGAGAUGUCGGUGACGGAGAUGUUCUCAUACAUCCAGGGCUUCUUGAGCGCUGACCAAGACGUCCGAGAGGAUAUUAGGAAAGUGGUCCAAGUCCUCGAGCAGACAGCCAGAGAAAUCUUAACUGUGCUUCAGAGUGUACAUCAACCAACCGGCUUCAAAGACAUUCCCAGCAAAUGCCAAAGGGCUCGAGAGCUGUUCUGCACUGUGAGAACACACAUGGGAGAACUGAAAACCAAGUUCCCCGCUGAACAGUAUUACCGGUUCCAUGAGCACUGGCGGUUCGUGCUGCAGCGGCUGGUGUUCCUGGCGGCCUUCGUGGUCUACCUGGAGAGCGAAGCCCUCGUCACCAGAGAGGAGGCCGCACAAAUACUAUCCAUUGAGGUUCAGAGAGAGAAGGGCUUCCACCUGGACAUUGAGGACUACCUGGCUGGAGUGCUCAUCAUGGCGAGCGAACUGUCUCGUCUGGCAGUGAACAGCGUGACGGCCGGUGACUACGGUCGCCCGCUGCGCAUCUCUAACUUCAUCAACGAGCUGGACUCGGGCUUCCGGCUGCUGAACCUGAAGAACGACCCGCUCCGCAAGCGCUACGACGGCCUCAAGUACGACGUGAAGAAGAUCGAGGAGGUGGUGUACGACCUGUCCAUCCGCGGCCUGGCCAAGGAGCAGGGGGGGGAGGCCGGCGGAGACAAGUAGAGAGGGAGGAGCGAGGAGGAGGAGGAGGAGGAGUGCAGUGUGCAGACGGGUGGGGUGGGGGGGUCGUGGAGAUGUACCAUUGUAGCACCAAACCCCUCACCUGUGCCUGUGCUGUGGGGCCUCCCUCUCUCCUGAACCUGAGGCUUAUUAUCCCAAGAGACUACGCCUGCGUACAAGCAGGAGAAGAGAAAAAAGGAUGAUGAGGGGAUGGAUGGAUGGAGGGAUGGAUAGAUAGGAGAGGAGAGGAGAAAAGUGGGGGAAGGAUGACUGCUGCCUCAGAUGUGUGUGUGUGUGUGUGUGUGUGUGUGUGUGUGUGUGUGUGUGUGUGUGUGUGUGUGUGUGUGUGUGUGUGUGUGUGUGUGUGUGUGUGUGUGUAUGCAUGUGUGUGCUUUAAGAUUUGGGAGGAUGGGUUUGCACGUGAAUGGAUAUUUGUAAGAGGCUGUGUUCCGUGUGUGUGCAGUGCAUGCACAACUGUAUGAAUGGGUGAGGAAGUAUGUUUAGGUGUGUGUGUGUGUGCGUGUGCGUCUGAAUCUGAAAACGAGCUGCCUGUACCUGUAGGCCAAAGCUGCAUAAAGCCCUAUUUUGGUGCGAGGCAAAGCUAGUUUUCUGGGGUUGGGUUCCAUGCCAUGUAGUUGCGUUGUGCUUAUUUUUUCGCUGUUUGCUUCAGUGUGUACGUGCAUAAUUGGCUUGUUGUCAUUUCAGCUUGAUGCACCUCAUAAUCUCCCGGUGCAGACCGUAUCGCAGGCAGUGAUAACAACUCAUUUCAUUUUGAGUUUGUCUUAACAACAAUCACACAAAUCUCAAUGUGUGUUUGUUUUUCACCUCCGUUUUUUUUGGAAGCCAAUAAUUCAAUCUCUGAUGAGACUUGGGGAAACUUGACAGAAAAUAAUGUAAAACAAGUAUACCUGAGUCUUUUUUUGGCUGCCUACAUUCUUGGCUAAAGCUUUUUGAUUGUCGUUUCUAUCUCAGUGAUGGUAAAAGUUGGGCUGUGCUCGCCUGUUUUGUACAUCCCUGGGUUUCUUUGAGCAAAGAGAAAGUGAACAUUUCAGGUUUUCCUUUCCUUCCUGCAUGUUUGUGUUAAUUAUCUCUCUUUUACCAGAGAUGCAUCAAUGUUCUGUACAGUCUUCUCCUCUGCUGUUCUACUCACUUGAAGUCAGUGUUGUAGGCAUUAUAAAGCAAGUGUGGUGGUGUUUAACAAAAAAACAGCCUAUUUUGCACUCUAAAAUACAAAUGCGUACAUAUUAUACUCCUUUUGUAACCAGAAAAUAGGUUUUGUUACCUUACAACUGUAAGUAUUGUGUUCAACAUUGGUGCAAGCUUUUUUUUUUGGUUGUUGUUGGAGGCUAUUUUAACUUUUGCUCAAAUUUCCUUGACUACCAAACUUUCCCAGCCUCCAAACAAAGAGAGACCAGUACUUCCCAAAGAAAAGACACCGGAGCCCACCAAUCACUAGGCUCUGAGUAUUAUUACAUUUCCUGGUUUUGAGCUAUCUAUCUUUGUGUAGUACGGUAGUUAGUUGUAGUUUGGUCUGAUCAUGUGGUACAGUGGAUGCACAUUGCCUAAGUUGGGAGUGUUUCUGUCUCCCCUCUCUCCCUCUCCCUCUGCCUCCCUUCCUAGGCUGUGUUUGAAAUGUUCACUCAUUGCUGCCUAUUGCAGUACCGUACAUAAGGUGUGCCAGACAAUGGCUGUAUCUCAAAGUCAAGGCUCCUGGCCUUGCUAGGACGUGAAACGCCCAGUGAUUGGAUACUCUUUGGUGAACUCUGCGUAGUAUCCAAUCACCAGGCGUUUCACGUCCUAGCAAGGCUAGAACACGGGGGAUUGAGAAGUGGCCAUUGUUUUGGUCCCGGUGUGGUGCACUCACUAGGCUGCUGUGUACAAGUGAGCAUUUGGGAUUCAGCCUGGAAUGGAUGUCCUUCCUCCAGCUGGUCAGCAUGGCGCAGUACCCAGAAUGGCCUCUAGGGGGAGCGCAAGUGCACUACAGUAGACUGCUGCUGAGCGUUCCAGUCUAGUCAGCUAUGAUGAGUGGCCACUGAUGAGACAGAUGGAGUAUGAUCAAGACAUGAAAGAGUGGGAAAGCUGUUAAGGAGGGCGACAUAUGUCAUGCAAGGGUGACUGUUUUAAUGGGGGGGAUGCAGCAGGAAGAAGAGAAAAAAUGGAGAGGUAGUGAGAUGGCGUUAUAAGCUGUUUAUCUCGAGAGGGUGAUGGCUUUGUAUCUUACUGUAUCUACGGAUGUUUGUGACUGGAAGUCACUGUGUUUGGUGCCAACGACUUACAUUUUCAUUACUCAGUGCUUAGUUAGCGAGUUUUUUUUUUCUAAUUCUAACUAGAGUAAACGGAGCGGCAGCCUUUUGCCUUGUAUUUAGUUUUUUUGCUUCCUGUGAUGGAUGUUUUAAGUGAUGUUUCUUAUUUCUUUUCCUUUUUGUAUUUCUUCCUUUUGCACUUGAUUGAUUAGCUUUUGAAACGUUUUGAGCGGUUCGCUUGAUUUCUUUUCUUUUUUUCACCAUGUGUGAGCAAUAAGAAAGAAAAAAAAACACUCUGACAUUGACUGGUUGAGUCUUCUGAACAAGUACAAUAAAGAGAUUUACAAUCAU